UUCAAAAAACGACACGCACACGACGUGCACAGACGACCAAAACGAAGACGACCACGACGGCCAGAAAUAAGCAAAUUAUUUAGCUAACAAUCGUCGAAAGGGACACUAAGGAUUACCCAGCCGACGAUUUGCAUUUAAACGAGCGCAUAUAUAGCGGAUGCAUAUAUAUGCAGAAUACGAGAAAAAGUGUUAAUUCUAAUUUUCCCUAAUUAUUCAUAAUUACGGAAAACUUGCAAGGAGAAUUUAUGACGUGGCUAAAGUGCUAACCACGCUGGAAACUCGAGGAUAAUUUGUUGUUUUGAUUAUUAUGGGGCGGCUAACCAUUUGGUUCCUACUGGGACUAACGUUAAUCGCCGUCUCCAAUAAUGUUGGGUUUGUCAAUGCCGAUGUCGGACCAAGCGAAUCAGAAUGUCGACCCUACAUUGAAAAGGCCAUACAUGAAUUGAAAACAGAUGGUGUCAAAGAUGGAUCUGGAGAACUGCAAUCCGAUCAGCCACGUGGGGACGACGACGAUGAUGACGAUGAUGGUGGGCUAUCCGCGAUUGAGAAAGAGACGAUUGAAAUUGAAACUGUCGAAUUGGAUUCCACAGAAGACGCGAAAAGUGCCAACGAUUUAGAUGGAGAUGGCAUCCCCGAUGACGAGGACGAUGAUAUCGAUGGGGAUGGCAUACCGAACGACAAGGACGAUGAUAUCGAUGGAGAUGGCAUACCAAACGACGAGGAUGAGGACAUUGAUGGCGAUGGCAUCCCGAAUGAAGAGGACGAUGAUAUCGAUGGGGAUGGUGUGCCCAACUCCAAGGACGAGGACAUCGAUGGGGAUGGUGUGCCCAACUCCAGAGAUGAAGACAUCGAUGGCGAUGGCAAGGCGAAUCACGAGGAUGAUGAUCUAGAUGGCGAUGGCACUCCAAAUCAUGAGGACGAAGAUCUUGAUGGAGACGGUGUGCCAAAUGAGGAAGACGAUGAUCUAGAUGGAGAUGGAAAAAUCAAUCAUGAGGAUGAAGAUCUUGAUGGUGAUGGAGUGAACAAUGAAGAUGAUGAAGAUCUGGAUGGUGAUGGCAAAGCUAACCAUGAGGAUGAAGAUAUCGACGGAGAUGGCGUGAAGAACGAAAAGGAUGACGAUUUGGAUGGCGAUGGCACCAACAAUUCCAAGGAUGAAGAUCUGGAUGGUGAUGGUGUGCCAAACGAGAAGGACGACGAUCUCGAUGGGGAUGGCAUCCUGAAUGAGCACGACGGUGAUGUGGAUGGCGAUGGAGUUCCCAACGAGCACGAUGACAAGGAUAGCGGCGAGAAUGCCGAUGACGACGACGAUGAUGAUGAGGAUGAGAAGGAAGCGGUGAAAAAGCGUAGCAAGCGUGAAGUGGAUGCUGCUCCAGUUCAUGACAUUGAGGCUCCACCAAGCCCUGCCGAAGAAUUCCCCGUAGAGGAGGAAAUCGUCAAGGAGGAAUCUGCUGAGGUGGAACCGGAAGUCGAGGCUGUGAAAGUAGAGGAGCCCGAACAGGAAGCUGUCCCGGAACCGGAAACCGAGGAAGUCGAACCAGAACCAGUUAAACAGGAAGAAGAGAAGCCCGUGCCUGAGGAAGUGAAGGUGGAGGAGAAGCCCGCUCCUGUCGAGGAAGCUGAGGAGGAACCUGUUCAGCAGGAAGCUGUUCCCAAGGAGCCCGAAGCCGUCCCAGAAGAUGCUGUCGAACCUGAGAAGACUCAGGAGGAACCACAAGCAGAUGCCGCCAAGGAAUCCGCUGAGGAUGACGAUGAUGAUGAGGAUGACACCAAGCCAGAGGAUGAGCUUCUCUGGGAAGGAGUCAUUCCCGAGAACCGUCGCAGUCGUCAGCACAUCACGGAACUGCUGCAGCUGGAUGAGGAGUUCAAUGCCCGCGAGAAGGCCACCGACAAUGUGGCCGAGAUCAUCUUGCGGGACAUCAAGCGCAUCUACGAGAACGCUGUUAAGCCCCUGGAGACCCUCUACAAGUACCGCGACCUGAGCAACCGCCACUUCAGCGAUCCCGAGAUCUUCUCCAAGCCACUGAUUCUGUUCAUGGGACCCUGGUCGGGUGGCAAGUCGUCCAUCCUCAACUAUCUGACCGACAAUGAGUACACCCCGAACUCUUUGAGAACUGGUGCCGAACCCUCUCCAGCCUACUUCAAUAUUCUGAUGUGGGGCAACGAGACGGAGGUUCUGGACGGAACCCAACUGGCGGCGGACUACACCUUCGCCGGCCUGCAGAAGUUCGGCCAGGGAUUGGAGGAGCGUCUGCGUGGUCUGAAGAUGAAGAGCAAGAUCCUCGAGAAGGUCAACAUCGUCGAGAUACCCGGCAUUCUAGAGGUGCGCAAGCAAGUGUCCCGAGUCUUCCCCUUCAACGACGCCUGCCAGUGGUUCAUCGAUCGGGCGGACAUCAUCUUUCUGGUCUACGACCCGGCCAAGUUGGAUGUGGGUCCCGAGACGGAGGCCAUUCUCGACCAGCUGAAGGGGCGUGAGUACCAGACGCGCAUCAUCCUCAACAAGGCGGACACCGUCAAGCCGGAGGAGUUGCUGCGCGUCCAGGGCGCCCUCAUCUGGAACAUCUCGCCCCUGAUGUCCUCCGCCCAGCCCCCGCUGAUGUACACCACCUCACUGUGGACGCAUCCCUACCAGGAUGGUGCCCCCGCUCGCCUGCUGCUCGCUCAGGAGCGCGCCUUCCUGCGCGAUCUGCGCACGGCCAUCGACAAGCGCAUCGAGCACAAGAUCGCCAGCGCCCGCCGUUUCGCGGUGCGCGUGCGCAACCACGCCAAGAUGGUGGACUGCUACCUGAACACGUUCAACAACCACAAGACGCUGUUCGGCAACAAGAAGCGCAUCGCUGACGACAUUAUCGACCAUCCGCAGAACUACCACAUCUACGAGGGACUCUCCACGCUGACGAACAUCUCGCGCUACGAUCUUCCGGAUCCGGAGGUCUACCGCGACUUCUUCCGCCUGAACCCGCUGUACGAGUUCAAGAAGCUGAGGGACACCUGCACCUAUUUCCGCGGAUGUCCGAUCACCAAACUGGACCUGGCCAUUGCCUACGAGCUGCCCGAGUUGGCCGGCAAGUACAAGAAGAUGUCCGAGGCGGCCUUGGCCAGCAUCGAGGCCCAGCAACGGGAUGGUGGGUCCCAGAACCAGGCCGAUCCCAAAAAGACGAGUUGAGGUGUUGGCUCCUCCAGAGGAGAAAACCUGCCAUUUAGUUUGUUUUAGCGAGAGAUAGAGAGAAUGUGACAUCGGCACCGGUAACCGUCUAUAGGGAAUUUAUAUCGACAAGGGAGAAAUGUUAUAGAACCCCCCAAAAUCGGUAGAGAACAACAGCGCAAGACAAAAAACAAGGACAUUGUUUUUGAGGAAAGAGAGGGAGAGAGACAGAGCUAACAAGAGGGAGAGAAAUAGAGAAAAGGGGAGAGAGAGGGCAAGAGCGAUUUGAAAUAGCAACGGUUGCUUUAGAGAACUUUUGAUUUCAACCGCCUUGCAAGAGAUCUUUAUUUUCACUUACUUAACAUAACUUAACCGAACUGAGAGCUUUAUGAGAGGAAAACCAAUGUAAUAUCGAGAGCCAAACACACUAUCACACACUGAAUACUUUCAUAUUUAACCGAGUAGAGAGGUCACAUAACACACCGAGUCUUUUCUAGGCGAGUAGAUCAGCACUUAACCCAUAACUGAGAGCAAUAACUAAUAGACGAACUAUCGACGAAUUCUAAUCCAUCACCAUAACCCCCUAAUACGACCCCUCAUCGGCUAGCAUCCCGUUAUAAUUCCCAAGUGCCCAGUUUUUUUCUUUUCUUUCCUUGAAUAGUAGUGGACAACAGCGCAGAGUUUUGAUUUUGAGAUCUGAGAUUUGAGUUUAGAGCAAAUGGAACUUCGUAAAGUUUUGAUUUUUUAGUUUUUUGGUUCCUGUCCCUGACGAUUUUUCGUAGUUGAUAAGACUUUUUUGAUAAAAGCAAACAGUGAAGACGAUAAUAAAGAAUUUAACCUACUUAAAUAAAUUAAAUGAACUUGUUGACGAGCGUGAGCAGCUCAAGCUAUAAAAUACUAUUAUCAAUUUUACACACUGAAAACCCAUGUAAAAUGAACUGUGAGAGCGGGUGAAAUACACAAAUAAAUAAAAACAACAGAAAACCCCAAGCAA